GGUGGAGGUCUCUUCGGCUCUGGCUCCCACAGGAUGAUGGAAGAUGCUGAUGAUACAAAGAUCAAUGAAGAAAUAGAAACUGAAUUGGACAAAAUCAGCAUUUCUUCUUUGGAAAAAGAUGAUGUAGAUACUGAUUCAAUCUCAGAAACUCAGAGUGAUGAGAGUGAUGCUGACCUAGUUGAAUUACCAGAGUCAGUUCUUCACUGUAUUAACAUCAUAAAGAAAAAGAGUAAAACUGCUGAAGAGCUCAUUCUUCAGGACUUAGAAGAUACUGAUGUUUUAAGCUACACUUAUGGAGCAGUUUCUAAUAAUUAUAUGCGCUUAAGGGUAGAAUUAUCCACUGAACAUGAAGAAAACUCAGAUCAAUUAGUGAAGAUAUUAUCUGAAAUAGAAAAAGAAGAAUUUCUGAGAAGUAAAACCCACCGUGACCAUCCUAAUUCUGUUCCAGAGCCUGGUGCUUAUGAACAUGUGGAUGAACAUAUUUUGCUAGAUGAUGGUGAAAUAAAUUUUGGGUACUGUGAAGUGGAAGAAAGAUGUAAGCAAUCUUUUGAAGUUUGGCAAGAUAAACAGAACUAGAAAACCAAUAGAAAGAAACUCUCAAAGCUCAGAGGGAUAGAGAAAAAAAGCACUUUCAAGAAGAAGAAGAAAAGAGACAUUGCUGGAUGAAACAGUUUGAAGUUGAAAAGGAGAAAUUAGAGAAUAUGCAAAAGGUUUUUGUUUUUAAUAUUUAUUUUUAUUUUUUUUCAUAUUUCUUUUUAAACUAGCAGCUACUUAUGAAGAGUUUUGUAGUAUAGUGUGGAUUUACUUUUAUUACUCCUGAUAAUAAAGGCAAUUAACUGGUUAAUAAUAUUUAAUAUGGUUUCCUUAAUUAGUUUUUAUUGAAAUUUAUUGGAAUUUCAAAUACUGCUUUGGAUGAUGGGAGCCACUAAAGUCUUUGAAGUUUCAUAGAUAAUCCGAAAAAGGAUGACAUUUAUAGCACAAACUGUGGCUUUUUUAUACCCUUCUAAUUAUAGGAAAAUAUAACAGAAUUUUGUUGAUCAUACAGUGCUCUUGCUAUAG